AUGAUUGUUGACGUAUGGAGUGGCACUCUCUCAGUUGCCUAUACGGCGACCCUCAUGCUCAUCAACUUUCUUGUGAAACUGUUCCACGACAUGACCCGAAACUUGUGGUAUCACAUCUAUCGCCCUCCCUUGGGCAACAAAGGGCUCUACAGCGAGUCUUGUUUUGAUACCUCUCUCCUCGCUGCCGCUUUCCGCGAGAAAAACUCCUUUGCACCUGUCAGCAAGAGCCUCCAGCCUCACUUCAAUCAGCAUGUACACGACAGCGCACUCGAUCGACUGCUGGCCGACCCCCACGCACUUGCCGCUAUAAAGCAGAACUCGACCACCGCUCCGACUUUAUCACUGGUAUAUGCUAUCAACCUGGCACAAAAUCAGUCAUUCCCUGCCAGCUGCCUUAAUCAUGGUCUUCCCAAGCCCGUACCCAAAGACAAGACGAACACAACACUCAAGGAGGUGCACGAUAGGAUUAGCUCCUUGUCGCCGCGCAAGGGUCUGCCGGACGCACCAGUCACCUUCAAGUACCUCCUUCCCUUCAAGGAAGGGCUCGUUCUUGUCGGCUUCUCCAAGGCCGUCCCAUCCGUCCUCUGCUUUUACGUUUAUGCCACUACAGCAGGCCCCAUUGGCAAUUCGCGUGCUGGCCGUGGAAAGGUCAGCAGUGCCGGGCGACGAACUGGUGCUGGCGUCAAGGGCCGUGGGGGUGGCGGCCGUCGUGGCGGAGGUCGCGGCGGCCGCGGUGGUGGUCGUGGUGGCCGCGCAAAUAAAAACUUUGUCCCCGGCGGUGACGGCGGUGACGGCGGUGACGGCGGCACCGGCGACAGCGGUGACAGCGGCGAAGAUGCUUCCGGCGAACCUGUGCGGUCAAACGAGUGGAUGGAACACCAAGCAGGGCGGAGUUGUCAGCCCGUACCCAAGCCGGAGAAUUUAAUUCCUGAUGAGAUCAGGGCGCUUAAUGAACUUGAAUUCGGUCACAUUGGCGACGCUGAGAAGUGGUACACUAUGUGGGAUCUUCUCUUUGAAGGUCAUACCCGUCCUGACUCGCCUUACAUGGAUCGUGGCAUUGGAGAAAUCCGCUUCCGGAAGCAUUGUCUACCCUGA